CUGACCUUCAGCGCGCGACCAGUAGCCGUUCCAGCAAGCUCUAGCUCUAGAAAGCUGCAAGAAGGUGCGAGAGAGAGCGCUAUUACUCGAACGUCCACGGUGACGUGACGGCUUGGUGGCCUGAACAUUUGGUCAGGCAGCCAGUGAACAGAGCAGCCGCGCAGCGCGUAUUCAUGUUGUUGAACUCGACGAACGCGUCACCCCCAAACUUCUUGAUUUACAUCACCUGCACCACCGCCGCCGCCACCCUCCUGCGCCCGCUUUGGACUCCUCCCUUGGCGACGACAUGUCUGGAGUUUCCAGGGUGCCGGCGACCACCGUUUUCGGCUGGGGCCCUGCCCUAGUCAGCUUCGACUCGAACGUGGGUUAUGGCGAAAAUGGCAAUAUCAAUAUCAGCCUCAAAGUCAUGAUACUUGAGGGCACGAAAGGUCUGGUGAUACUCAGCGUCAGAGACCUGUCGACCAAGCCUCCCGGAUAUCGCAAACUUGCGAUCCCACUCGAAAAGUGCUUCUCGAUCGAGCCCGACCACGGCCUCCUGUUCAACGACCGCGACGAGCCCGCAGCUGGCGUCCUCAGCCACUACGUUGAGACGCUUGGCUUUGAGCUGCCCGAACCGCACUAUACUGGGCCCAACUCGCACAUGAAGAGAGGCAAACGCGUCUGGUAUGGCCAUCGCGAAAAGCAGUACCGCUACCUCGAUCUCAGAAUCAUGGGCAUUCCGGAGGGACUCAAGUGGAAGGGCACGCCGUUGGAGAAGAUGUCGCAUGAGGCUCAGGCAAUCAUUGCAGACUACGAAAAGCACCUUGAUCUCGAUUUUCUGGUGCUGAACGAAGCGAAUUCCGACAUGCCUCGCAUCGACGAAUUCAUACGAAUCUGCGAGAGGGUUCAAGAGGAGAGCGACCGUAGAGUUGCAAUUGAAGCUCAAGGUACAAAGAAGACUUCUAUUAGCGAUCAAGAGGAUACUCAGGAUCAAAACGGGAUCCGAGCCAACGAGGGAGAAGAUGAUAUUUCUGCAGGCGAGCAGGGUCGCGAGAGAUCGGGCAAGUUCAAGAAGAAUCUGGCCACAAUGCUUGUUGAUAUGGCGAGCAUGGUGAAGGAGCUGUUGACAUCUGACAUUCUUGUCACGGAAGAAAUGUCUGGUGCCAGUCUCAAGGCAGUAAGAGCGCUUCAGGAGCUUGCUGGAGUCACGAAAGAAGCCCGCGGUGGAUCUUAG